AAGAUUACAUUUUCUUGGUAUCGGAAACUUGUUCUACAUACGCGAUAUUUUAUCCUAUUUACGAUUCAUCAGACACAACGAGAAAAGUUGUCGUACGGAUGAUAAUAAUCCAUACGAAAAGGAACUUCGAAACUUCGCGAAAAAAGAAGAGUUCAUUGAUCUUUUCGCGCAUCGUACUAUAAAGACUUUGCACGCCUGUGCAAGACUACUUUCAAGACUCAUCUCGCAAGGAUGAAUUCCACCCUGAACGUCACGCUGACAGCCGCGGCUUCGAUCGAGUACUGCGGUUCUGGAUGGGAGUCCUUCUACAAUUGGUACAAGCAGGUACACGGAUGGCUCAGUCUGUUUGUGUGUAUAUUCGGCUCGAUUGCCAAUGUCCUCAACAUUGCUGUACUGACGCGUCGCGAGAUGCAAUCGCCUACUAAUAUGAUUCUCACCGGUCUUGCCGUAGCCGAUCUUUUCGUAAUGAUCGAAUAUAUCCCCUACGCAAUCCACGGGUACCUCUAUCAGCGAUCCCGCAGAGAUACCUUCACCUACGGCUGGAGCAUCUUUGUAUUAUUUCAUUCGCACUUUACCCAGGUGUGUCAUACGAUCUCAAUUUUCUUAACGGUGAUCUUGGCAGUCUGGAGAUAUAUCGCAGUAGCACAUCCACAGCGUAAUCGCGAAUGGUGUACCGAAAAGCGCACUUUCUUGGUAAUCGUUUCCACUUAUAUAUGCUGUCCAAUAUUGUGCAUACCGCUUUACAUCAAUACCGAGGUGAAACCGCAUGUGGAAAUACUGGAUGAGCAAGGCAGGAGCAUAAAUCUGACAAAGUUCCAGCAGACAGCUAACGACACAGUCAUGUCUCUAAGGGGAGCGACUAACACCACGUUGUACUUUGUAAAGCUCACUGAAACCCCGAUAAACAACAUUCCCAAGGAUGUUAACUUCUGGAUUUACAGCGUGGUAAUUAAGCUGAUACCGUGCUUGGCAUUGACAGUGUUGAGUAUUAAACUGUUAAAGGUGUUGUUGGAGGCGAAGCAGAGACGGAAAAAUCUUACUACGAAAAAUACCGCGAUUAAAAUGGGUAACGGUAAAGAGCAUGUCUGCGAGAAACCUAAGAAGAAAAGAAAAACUACCGAUAAAGAAAGACAGACUGACAGAACUACGAUGAUGUUGCUGGUAGUGCUCUUACUAUUUCUCCUUACGGAAAUGCCGCAGGGCAUCCUGGGACUGCUCAGUGUUAUUCUGGGUCCAGAAUUCUUCAAAACAUGCUACGUCAUGUUAGGUGACGUGAUAGACAUCCUGACACUCAUAAACUCGGCCAUCAACUUUAUUCUGUAUUGCACUAUGAGCCGUCAAUUCCGCAAGACCUUUAAUCAACUAUUCUGCAGUCGAUGGCGGCUGAUCGGCAGAUGGAUGGCAAUGCCGCACCAACCGAUGGAGAAUAACGGGCAUACCGGAACUACUAAUCACACGGUGACCCAGGUCACUCAAGUCUAGCGCCGAAGAAACCAACGGACCUUUUGCUAUCCGGUGUAAAGAGAGUUCACUGAUUAACUCCCUUUCAGACACGCGUAUUGCAAGUCCGCGAAUUGAAGAGAGAUGUCUACGCGAUUCGCCAGUUACUCGUGCAAACAUAGCGGCAAGCAAAAAGAGGUGAAAUUUAUUUGCUCGCUACUGCCACUGGUCCUAAUUGCAUCCUCGUUGCGCGAACUUUAAACGCCCAGGGCAUUUUCGAGCAUCGGCUUCAUCCCAGACAUGCGACAUACCAGAUGUGUAACAAAUAUUUGCUUAAGUUGGUUGGUAAGCCACUAUGUUUUUCCAAUGUAUUUCUUUUCAAUUUUAUACAUUACUCAUUUAUAUUACAAUCAAUCAGAUUGAUCGGAUGCGUCCGAUUAAUUAACGACAUA